AUGAAUGCGCCUUUCAGUCUAAUCGUUUUGCUAUGGAUAGUCAAACCUCUGUUUUCUGCUACACCCUUUCUGAAUUCGUAUCUUGAUGAAACAAGUCGGCAAUAUUUACAAAAAGUAUUCAACGAUGCUGCUAAUACUAAAAAACUCUCUGCAAUACAUUAUGGUGUGAGUGGUUUGAAAAUUCUCGGAACGCCACUGAAUAUAAAGCAACAACAGAUAAUUUGUGAAAAUAUCCCCAAAUAUAACAUUGAAGGAAUAGAAGAUAUUUACCACUUAUUGAGCAUAGCAACGAAUCUCAAUAAAUGCGAUAUUGGACAAAAUGAAAUAGCAGGUAAAACUGUGAAAGAGGUAUUGGCGAAUACGGGAGCUACUUCCAAAGAUAUAUUUUUCGCAUUAUCUGUUGCCGCCAUGAUAAAACAAAAGCUUGCUAAUAAUGAAGCUAGUAUUAGGCUUGUAGCAGCCUUAAAAACUAACUCAACUCCUCACAGCCUAGCUUAUGGUUUAAAUGCUGCAGCAUUAUUGGAUAUGGAAGCAGCAGCCAGAUUUCUUACUUAUGCAGAUGAUCUUAUUUCACAAGCUGAUGAAAUAGAUGGAAAAUAUCUUCAGUUGGAAAAUGGAUUACCAGUAACUGCUCUUGCAGUUCAUGGAAUAUAUGCUCUCGCAGAUAAGUUGAAGAAAUCACCUAGUAUUAAGAGCGAUGAGGCUAUAAAACUGACAAAUUAUCUCCUUAGCAGAAAGAUGAUUCAAUUGGAUUAUGCCGCUUAUUUACUGACCAUUACUCUGAAAAGGCUGGCAACAAAUAGUUUUCAAGUUCCUGUUGUCUUUUCUCUCGCUUCUAAAAUUGAAGUCACUGACAUCACACAGCCUAUUAAAUUGCGUAUCUGCAAUGUACUUGGCGAAUCUGUUGGACCGCUUUCCAUCACAUUAGAUGUUGCAACCCAUGUCAUCUCUAAAGAGGCAAUUGCUGUAACAAAAUCUUUUACGAAAGUUACAACUGAUAAAACAGGAACACUUUAUCAAGUAUCUUUAGAUGGAGCCAGACGGCGUGGAUUUUAUAAUUUGGCCCUCACAGCUGGUAGCCAGGACAAACGACUGAUUGGUACGAAUGGUGUUUCAAUUGUUGUCAAGCUCCUGGCAAAAAUUCGUAUCGAAGAUAUCUCCAUUGCUGUCUUUGAUCGCGAACUUACAAAACCAACAACUACUUAUUCUGCAAAGGAGGGUACUAAGCUUGGGAAAGUGCUUGAAGCAGACGACCAUACUAAAAUCGAAAUUAAAUUUACUGUACGAGAAGCAAAAUCAAAUGACGCAGUUACUGUGCAUCAAGCUUUCGUAGCCUUUGUCAAUCAAGAAACAGCACAGGAAAUUAUUUAUGUUGCGACUGCUGAUUCUUCAAACACUUAUAUUUUUGAUAUGGCAAUUUUUUAUUUCUUUUUUCUUGAUCUAGAUAAGUCUUGGAAAGAUUUCGAAGGCUUUUCUGGUAAAUAUUUCGUGCGCUUAAUUAUUGGUGAUGCUGCUAUCUCCUAUGCACUGGAUUGGAAUCUAGUUGAUGUGAAUAUGAAACUACCAUCAUUGCCUUCAACUCCUUUCAAAAAAUCUGAACUUGUCAUUUAUGAUCCACUGCCAAUUAUUGAGCAUAUAUUCCGUGAGCCGGAAAAACGGCCAUCUCAGAUCGUAUCUGACGCAUUUAGUGUUGUUUGCCUUUUGCCUCUACUGUGGUUACGCGUUGGAAUUAAUUUUGGAAAUAUGCCUUUGUCGCCGCUUCCAAUGCUAUUUCAUGCUGGUCUUUUCGCCAUUUUUGGUCUGUAUUUUUUAUUUUGGUUGCAUUUAAAUAUGUUUCAAACGUUGAAAUAUCUUUCGGUACUUGGCACUUUUACUUUUAUAACCGGCAAUCGACUCUUGAGGACAAUGGGGCAAAAAGAAAAGUAA